AUGGAGAUGACUUUGGGCAGAGCGAACCAAACACUGAUCGAGUUAUUUCCAGUUACCAAUUGUGUGAUGCCCUCACCCACGUCUAAUCUAGGUUCCGCAGAGGCUGUGACGAGGUUCCUUCGUUCUAAAGAGGGCCACCUACCGGAAAUUUUAAAAAUUGCAAACGAUAUCUUAGAUACGAAAUUAGAUGUGUACUUGCCGAACAAGAGAGAGUUUAUAUUGAGCUUACUUGUCGAUCGUUUAAAUGAUCGAUCGAACUCGUCGAACUUCAGUAAAUGGAAACUGGACAAGGAUGUUUGGAAUUUGCUAAAGCGAGUAUUAUUUAUCGAAGGUCAUAAUGAGACAAGCAUUUUGCAGAGCUUGAAAAUUGUUGAUCUUAUGAUACUUUUAAUGGAGUCCGAUGAUCCAGAAGGAUGGGAUUGUUUGCCUUAUGUUUGCCAGAUUUUGUCCAUGUUUUUAAAGAGACUGUUUAUGGAGAUAGAGGAGUCCACUGGAAUUCGAUUGCUUAAAUCGACUCUUAGCUAUAUUCAGAACAAAGCACCUAAAAACUCAUCAGUUACGUUAGAUGAGAUAGUGACGAAUGUUUACUGGAAUUCCCAUCCCCAGGGACUUUUGGAAGUAUCAAAGAAAUCGUAUUCACAAUUUUUCGAAGAGCUUUUUAUUUCGUUAACUAAGUAUUUAUCCAUUGAAAGCGAGCUGCCCAGUAAGCAUUUGUAUGAGGAGAUUUUCACAACAAGGGUAUUCUAUCCAGAAAACUUGCCAUACUUGGUUCACAAUUUGGAUAAGCUUCUCAAAAAAGAGACACCCGAUGAUGCUUCUUUAAGGUACUUUUUUCAAAUGGCUGUUCGAAAACUAGCCCCAAAGCAGAUGAAACUUUGUACGGAGCUAUUUGAUGUCAUCGUCAAUAAAUCUCCAAACUUAUCAGAGUCGCUCCUAGCAUCUUUGGUCGGUUCUCAUCAUGCGUUGCCGCAAGAGUUUAUCUUUUCAGUUUAUACCAAGGAAGUUGCUAGCAAAAAGUUUAUUGACUUGAAUUGGGAUAUGGUAAAAUAUGUUUUUGAAUUGGACAGUGAGUUGGCAGCUACAAAGUCGAAGUUUGUUUUCGAAAAAUACAACUCGGCUUUCAAUCUAGAUGAAAAAGUCUUGCCCGUGGGUAAAGUCAUUGUUUAUGCUUAUGCAAAAAACAGAGAAUUGGUUGAAUUUCUAACAAAAGUGUGGCCUAAAGCAAUCGCUAGAGACGAAUUAUGGGAUGGAGAUGACUUUAUCGCGCAUGUUGCCAACUGCAUUGAUUCCCUAUCUGAAAAGCAAAUCGUUCAAGUCCUCGAAACGUCACCAAAUCUACUGCUGGAGGCAUCCUUUGCUGUGCUUACAGCAAUUACAAAAGGAUUAAUUUCGUCUUCAUGGAAGUUGAUAGAUUCAUUAAAGCCCACAUUUAAUCAAAUCCAGAGCUAUAUAAAUUCGUCGACAAAUUUUUGGCAGGUGCGGUACAACCUUCUCAACUUGUAUGGUUCGGAAUUUGUCAUUCCAGAAAGUGUGUUGGAAUUGGACUACGAUAUUUAUUAUCAUUACACCGUGCUUAGAUUGCUAGAAUUGAAUAUCAUCCAAGACUACUCCAAUAAGAAACAGCGGCAAUUGAUUUUGUUUUUACGAGACAACCCUAGUCUCAUUUCGCUGGCGUUUUGUCGAUGGUUUGUCAUGAUCAAUGACUAUUUCACAAAUGAGAGUAUUGUUGAGUUGUUGAAACUUGCAUUUGAAACAGCUUUUCUUUGUCAUACUGAUUGUGAAAUCUAUGAACAAAGAAAUAUCAUGACUUGCAUGAUGAGAUUAUUUAUUGCAGAUCCUAUGUCGCAUUUUGAUCACAUCCCAAAAAUACCAUUAGCUUGUUUUUCAAGGGGUCCCAAGAAGGACUUGUUGAACAUUUUAACGAGAAAGUACAUUGAAACAAAGGAGGUUCGAGUGCUAGGAUGUAUCGAUUACUUACUCGAUUCAGCAUCGUAUCAAUCUAGUAUCGAACGUGAUAUUUCAGUGGUUCUUCAAAUUUUGGCAUUGGCACCUACUGAUGAGGCUCAAAAGUACGCAAGUAGCAUCUCCAAAAAGGUAUGGAAGACUAAUGUUGAUAUGAUAAAAUCCGACGAGAAUCGUGCUUUUGUCGCAAAUGCAAUUGGGAUGCUUGUUAGGAGUAUGCAAAUUGGUGGAAGUGGUGACGUUUUGCCAGAAAUGAAAAUGGCUUUGAUUAUUGUGUCACAUCAAAGUGUACUUACCGGUAACGAUCUCACUAAGUAUGAGGAAUUGGUAAAUACAUUCAAAAUGCAAUGCAUUAGGCAAAUUAAAGACAGUCAGGAUAACCUGGAUAAUGCCAAGUUGAAUUGGUUUCUUCAUGGACUCGCUAGUAUACCCCCAUCGAUGCUAACCUUUAAUGACGUCAAGUCUAUUGCGGGUCAGAUUAAAAUUGAAGCAAAUGAUACUUCCAUCAAACAAGCAUUGUUCAGUUUAGUUUGCAAAUGUGCCAAGCCCGAUUUGAGGUUUGCAAAGUACGUUUUGAGUCUUUAUUUGGUUCUCAAUACUGAAGCGCAUACACAACAUCUUUUUGAUGAUGUUGUUCAAUAUUUGCAAUCGCUCGUGAAUGAAAAGGUGGAACUUUAUUAUGCAAUUUGCAACUAUGUUAUAUUCUCUACGGCGGAUGCUGAGGAUACAUUUUCAAACUCUAUCUGCAUGGUGUUGUCCGCUUUGUUGACGACUAUGCCCAAAGAACCUGAUGGCAGUUUGCAAAUCGCAUUGUUUUCAGGCUAUUUAAGGAAUCCACUGCAAUUGCUGCCAAAAGUGUUGCAGCAUAUUAUGGGCAACCUCAAAUGGUUGCUUACCCAAAAACAGUGGCUAUUCAACCAGUAUAUCCUUGAAAUGGCGCUUGCUCAUAUUGGGAUAGUUUCAUCAAUAACUUUAUCUGACAAACAUGAGUUCGAACAAUUGUAUUUAGAAUCCUUGCGAGUUGUAUCACAAAUAUUGUUGCAUCAUCGAUUCAAAUUGUCAACUCGUCACCACUCAAUUAUAUACUUGAUGUGCACCUUUUUGGAAUCAUUGGUCGAGCCGGGGCAAUUGGGACAUAGUAACAUAGCAGCUGGCUCUUUUACCAGACUAGUGAGCAAUUUGUGUGAACCUCAAGAACAUGUGAGGGACUUAUCGGUUCGUUCUGGCCAGCAGAAUAACAGACUAACCACGCAAGCAAACCUUUACAAGAAACAGCUUCGAAUUUAUUUGCCAUACCUAUUGAUCAACUACAUAUACCUAAAUUUGAAAUUCACUUUUGGCAAGCAAGUCAAUGACAUUUUGGCUACGGGUGUAUACACGAUUUUCGACUCCUUGUCUAAAAGUGAGUUGCAAAUUGUCAAUUCUGCUUUGGACUAUGCUGGUAAAGCCUUAUACAAGAGUUUAUAUCAUGAUUAUCAGGAGUACUGGAAAUGGAAAGAUCAAUAA